AUGUGUUUUCUUUCCCCCCCGUGUGACAUCCGAGUUUCUCUUUCUUUCUUUCUUUCUUUCUUUCUUUCUUGCAUUGUCUGUUUCUUUCAUUCUUUAGUCGAGUGUCGUUUUCUUCUUUUUAUUUAUUAUUUUAAUUAUUUUGUUGAUUCUCUCCAUUCUUUCUUUCUUUCUUUCUUUCUUUCUUUCUUUCUUUCUUUCUCGAUUCUCUCAUUUCCUUUUCUUUCUUUUCUCGAUUCUUUCUUUCUUUCUUUCUUUCUUUCUUUCUUUCGUUGGUUGAUUCCCUCAUUCUUUUUUCUCUCUUUUGUCCAUUCUUCCUUUCUUUCAUUACAUUCUUUCUUUUAUGAAUUAUUUCCUUCCUACCCCUCUUCCUUCCUUUCUUGCUUUCCUUCUUUCUUUCUUUCUUUCUUUCUUUCUUUUUGUCUUUCCUUCUUUUUUUUCCUUCCUUCCUUUCCUUCGUUCUUUCUUUCUUUGGUCGAUUCUCUCACUUCUUUUUCUUUCUUUUUUAUCGUCUGUUUCUUUCUUUCCAAUCAUUCUUGUUUCUUUUUUUCUUCAUCGAAUUUCUCCCAUCUUUCCUUUAUAGAUUUUCUCGUUUUCUUCUUUUUCCUUUCAUUUAUCCUUUCACUUCUUAUUUCUUCCAUUAUGUUAUCAUAUAUUGUUUUUUUUUUAUUUCCCAUUCCUUUUCUUUCCUAUUGCUACUUGCAAGUUUUCUUCAUUUUCACCCACACUUUUACACUUUUCUCGAACCUCCUUUUAAAACUUCCUUCUUUUUUAUUCUUCUUUUCUUUUGUGCUUUCUUUUCUUCUUCUUACAUAUAAUCCAUUUUCCGUUUAUCUGUUUUCCACACAUUUUGUCAUUUUUUUAUUAUUUUGUUAUCGUUGGACAAUUCUUUUCCAGCUACUUUUCUUUUCUUUCUUUUUUUUUUUUUUUUUUUUUGUCAUUUGUCGCUUCUCACUUUUUACUUCCGUUUUGGCAGAUGAUUGCUUUCUCAUUUUUCCUUGUCUAUUUUUUCUUUUUGUUUCAUUUUUCAAUUCAUUCUUUCUUUUUUUUUCUGUCAAUACUUUUCUUUUUCUUUCUCCCUUCUUUCUUUCUUUUUCAUUAGUUGAUUACGUCAUUCUUUUUCCUUUCUUUCAUCCAUUCUUUCUUUUAUUUACUUUCUUUCAUUUCUUGAUUGCCUAA